AUUGCAGUUGGCCGGGUUGGCUGCACCGUCCGGCCAGCACGGCGACUGCACGGCCGCAGUACGACAGCGGCCGUGGGGCCGGUCUGGUGCGGCGCGGCGCGGUGGCAGAGCUAGCCGUGCACUGUGCGGGCUGAUCGAAGUGGCAGUGCCACUGUGAGUGACUGAACUACCAUGUAGCUCGGUGAACGUGGCAAACUCGCUGAUCCGGUUUGUAAUGAGCAGCUUGAUGACUCGAUGCUCAGUGCCCACCUCAUUUAUCAUCCGCAUUAAUGUGAAGCAUGGUUUUGAUGGGUGACGGUGUUUUGACAAGACGUCAAGAUGAUUGACAGAUGUCUGCAGACCCGUCAACGUUGAUGUUAACAUUGUGUUGACAGGUGGUCAGAGUCUUUUGAUCGUGUUGACGUGCGGCUCGUGACAUAAGACAAACAUUGUCCAUGAUGAUGAGUGGCUGCCGAAAGGUCGUAACCACUGAGGACAUGUGUGUCACUGCUUCUGUGAAGCCCCGUCUGAGGGCGAUGCCCUUAUCCGCGCUGUCCAUGGCACUAUUGGUGGUGAUGACCGUGGUGACCCCAGGUCAGGUCAGCGGUCUAAUCCCGCCCCGGUAUGACAUGGCUCAGACACGCUGGUGGGAGAAGUCUGCCGUAAGACCAGCGGCGUCUCCACAGCAGACUACCAGCUACCGCGUGUACAAUAGCGCCGGGCCCCUGCCGCCCUACUCAUUCGGCGUCGGCUCUAAGCCGUCCUGCCGCUCCAACUCCAACUGCGCCAGUUACCGAGCUCCGUCAGCGUUUCCGGGACCCAGCACGGUGGCGGAGUAUGCUGAUUCGACCAACACAGCCGGUCCCAGGCCUCCGGCGGAGUUCCAGAUCAACAGUGUCGGUCCAAAGCCGACCCCGGGCUAUCAGCCGGCAGUCAACACGGCCGGGCCCAAACCUCCCCGGGACCCGGCGCACAACAGCGUCGGGCCGAAAAUGCCACCGUUCGUCUCAAACAGUGUCGGUCCCAAGCUGCCUCCGGGAUACACACAGCCGUCGAGCGGCGGCGGAGGUCAAACGCCGCCCUCCAGCUCUCAUGCCACCACCGGUGUCGGCCCAAAGCCCCCGCGAGGCUACACGUUCUCAGCAGGACCAAAGUUGGGCAGGAAUCUGUUGUUACCGACCACGCCUGAGCCGAGCUCCGUGGCACGGGCGUCAGUCCGCGGACCGGGCAGCGCGUCGGCCCACGCUCACGCCCAGGCGCACGUUCACGGGCGCGGACAGGACGGGUCGAGGGCACGCGCACACGCCCACGCCCAGGCUGGACACAGGAAAACAUGGGAACAUUUCGAAAAGGAGGUUAAAGCAGCCGGCAGACUCAAGUCCAGCACUACGUUAGCCAGCGGCCCUCCAUGCGACGACUCCUGUCCCGAGUACCAAGUAGUGUCCCGUAACGCGCGGUACGAGGUACGACUGUACCCGGCCAUCGUCUGGGUCAGCUACGUAACGGCAACAGAGAACCGUCUACUGGCAGAGAUGGAGGCGCAAGCCGGGAUAGAGGACUACCUGGAGGGCGACAACAGCCGCGGCACUAACCUGCGUCGAGGCUACCCGACGCUGACCCAGCUGCAGUUUUCGCCGGGUCGCAGCUCCGGUCGGCAGCCCGGUGGCGAUUUCAGCGUCUCCGUGCCGCUCCUGGCCGAGACGGACCCACCCCGGCCCAGUACAGAUCAGGUGGUCCUGGACUCGGUCGACCAGCAGCGAGUGUUCGUCAUGAGCUUCAGGGCACGACCCUGGAAACUCACCGACCGGUCAUUGCGCAUGCGUACAAGGAGGUUCAGUCGCCGACUCCGGCGACAUGGCCAGACGUUCCUCGACGAAUAUUUCUACCUGGCAAAGUACAAAGAGUCCAGCUCGGAGCACCGCUCCUACUACGAGAUCUGGCUGUACGGGACUCCACACGAGAGCACCCAUCGGUUCCGGCCGAUGGGAAAGCGCCUUCUGGACCGGCGCAGCAACCUCACCAUCGCCACCAUGCGCAGACUGUGUCGAGGCCGCGAAUGUCCUCGGUUUGAGGUUCUCGGCGAGUUUCCCGACGGAAUCCAGAAGCGGCACUAUUAUAACGCGGCGUUCGCCACCUCACGUCUGGACCGGUGUGAGUCGAGCUUAUCGGUUGUGUGGAGUGGACUUCUGCCGCUGCACCUUUACCGGGAAGGGAUCAACACGCACCUGGAGCGUAUCGAGCCCACCCGGCCGGCCGGCGUACUGCGAGUCUGGCGGGAGGAGGCGUCCAACGGCACCUCCGUCUGUCACAUGACGGUGAUGGUAUACCUGCCGCGGCGUCUGCACCGCAGUCCGCCCAACACCGGCGUACACGCACCAACCGUCGGUCUCAGCUACAUCCACGAGCUGACCGUCUACGUACAGACGGCCGGUGACCUCGACCUGGGGUCAGAUCACCUGGACCGUCACGUGACCGAGUUCCACAUGCGCCUGGACGAGCUCGGCCUCUGCUACAAGAGCGACGAAUACUUCAUAGCCGUGUAUGACGAUGUGCAGCGCUACCACGGACGAAUGAACGAGCUGUGGACGGUAGCUCAGCGGUGUCCACAGCCGCAGGAGCAGGACGCUCUGUGAGCUGUGCCUGAGGAAACUGUACAGCUCCGUGAUCUGGAUACUCUGUGAACUGUGAACUGUGGGCGGGUAUUGACACUGGAGUGUGUACACGGUCCACAGUGACAUGAGGGACGUCACUCUGUGAGCCAGCUUGUCGGUUGUCGGAAGUGAAAUUCGCUGUCCUGGAUGUGUAAUGUGUAUUGAGGCUCUGCUGUCGAUGGAUGCUGGAUAAACUCUGGUGACUGGUCGGCCUGGAGUGAUGAAGGAAUAGGUUGAUGUCCGCAUGGGAUGGGAUCUGGAGGUGAUAAAACUAAUCCAUUAAUAUAGUCACUUAGUUUUUAAACUACACAAACUACUCCUGUAUAGUUCCUUCAGCUUUUACAUGAUAAAGAAGUAACGAGUCAUACCUACGUAAUGUAUGAAUUAUGAUCAAAUAACCGCAGGUUGUUUGAAAAUUUACAACACUAUUCGCUGGAAUUGUUUUUUUUUAUUGUAUGACCGAAGCUGAAGAGUGCUCCGAAGCCAGUUGAAUUAGUGAGAUUAUCUGGACACGAUUGUGGAUGAAUUUAAAUCGUAAAAUGUUGAUGAGACUGAUCGGUUUGCUCUGAUGACUGGUUUGCUUUGAUGCCACUGAUGAUGUUGCGAUGAGGCUGUAGCGUUGCCGGCAUACAUUGAUGGCCGCUACUUGUGGUCAUCUUAUUACGGUACGCAUGGCGACAUAUGGUGGCGUUGAGGGUAUUUGGACUUAUGAAUGUUGAUGGGCUUGGCUGAAACGUGUGACAUUGUGAUUGGUGAAGCUAGGUGCAUUGCUGAACUGACAGGGUGUGUUCAAGUUGGUAGUAGGUAAGACCCGCUGUUUGUCAUACGAUGACUUCUUUAUGUGGUAGGUAUAGGUAUGGUAGGUAAAUAUAAUAACUGGCGUGGCACAAACGAAUGCAAACAAUAAAUGAAGAUAUUACUUGGUAACA